UGUUAGUUGUCAUUCAGUUGACAGGAGCCAUGUUGUGUCGAGUCACGUGAAAUUUGGUAUUUCCUUAAUUAAAACAAUAAGAUUGGAAGGUGAGUAAUCCGUCAUUAUUUUUUGAAUCCUUCUAUAUUUCUACGAGUUUUUUAUUUAAUGUAUAUGUCAAAAGUAUUAUUUAAGGCUAUGUUAGGUUAUUUUCUUGAUGUGCUUAUUAGAAAUUACGUUAUGCCUAGUGGCCAAAACUGGCAACUUGUAUUCGUGAUUUCUCCCUUUGUGGCCAUGUUCAUGGCCACAACUGGAACACAUACUGACCUAGUUCUGGCCACUGAGGUAUCUAUCCUACAUUUAAUGAUACAAAAAUAUUGUUUUUGACACAGAGACUAGAAAAAUGAGUGAGAAGGUGUCAAGCAGGAAGAAAGAAGUAAAAAAAAAAUUAUUUCAGUACUCACCCCACAAAGUCGGCUUGGCGUUAGAAGCAAUUAGAAAUGGCAUGAAGGUUUCUACUGCCAGCAAAAACUAUAAUGUACCUCGAACAACCUUGAGACAUAAGCUUUCUGGACAUGCACCUGAAACUUCUGGACAUGUAGGACCUCAAGCAGUUCUUGGCGAGCAAAUUGAAACUGAUCUCGUUGCAUGGAUCAAAGAGUGUGCUCGUCUUGGGUUUCCAAUCGAUAAAGAAGGACUAUUGGACUCUGUGAAAAAAAUUAAAAAAUUAGAAACUGGUACCAAGAAGUUUCUACACUGUUGGGUUCAGAAAACCUGAAAAUUUUAGAAGAUCCGACGCGAGUGUGGAAUUGCGAUGAAACUUCUUUUUUUCUUGCACCAAAAGGAGCUUUAGUGCUAGCUGAGAAAGGAAAACAUGUCUAUGACACGUCAAAUAACAGUGACAAAGAAAAUAUCACAACUCUGUUUACAGUCAAUGCAGUUGGUGAGUAUGCACCUCCACUGACAGUUUAUAAAUACAAACGGAUGAACAGUGAAGUAGUACAAAAUGCACCAGAGGGAUGGGGACUGGGCAAAACCGACAAGGGUUGGAUGACAGGAGAGGCAUUCUAUGAAUACAUUGGAAAUGUAUUUAUUCCUUACCUCAAAGAGAAAGAAAUAGCUUUACCUGUCAUCUUGUUUUUAGAUGGGCAUAAGUCACAUCUUACAAUGCAUCUGAGUACAUUAUGUCGUGAAAAUGGAAUCAUCGUCGUGGCACUCGUCCCAAAUACAACACAUAUGAUGCAGCCGCUGGAUGUUGCGGUUUUUUUCCCCUUAAAACAAAAAUGGCGUAAACUUGUGAAGAAAUGGCGAAUUGAAAAUGAUGGAAAAGAUAUCACCAAAUUUAACCUUCCUACAGCUCUUCACAGUUUACUAGUCAAUAAUGAAGCUUUUGCAAACAAUGUAAGAGCGGGAUUUAGUACCUGUGGGCUGUAUCCAUUUGGUGACUUUGUGAAUUACAAGAGAGUUGUUCAAUCAACCAGCAACACUAACGUUAAAUAUGACGCUGUACCGAAGUCUGUCAUUUCUGAGUCAAGCUAUCUUACAUACCUUGAAAGUAAAAUAGACCCUAGCUUGCUAAAGGACUUUUACUUAACGUGUGAAUCGGGCACUGACUGGGAAGGCAAAAAGGAGGCAAUAAUGCUUUAUGAUACUUGGCUGGCUUUCAAAAAUGAUACUACUAACCAUGCAGUUGCAGCUGUAUCUAAAGACAUCGAUGAUUCCCCUCUUUUUGACCUUUGCGGCAUAAAUGAUAUAGCUAACGAGAUGCAUACCCCUAACAAAGAAAUCUCAGCAAAAGAUCCAUCAACCAACAACGCAGUUCACUCCAAUGGCAUAGAAAAUCCAGGCCUACCUGCGUCGUUUCUUAUAAAUGGCGACAAAAACAAUUCCGACACAGAGCUAUCCCUUAAUCCCGCCCACCCAUCUGCCUCAGCUUUUACUGCCUUAAACAAAAAUGAUGUCACGCGACAAAUGGAUACGCCAAAAAAUUACAAUAAUAUCAAUGAGCCGUCAACUAGUCAUGAAGCUUUAUCUAAAGAUAUUGAAGAUUGCCUACCAACAUCCUUUCUUGAAACCGAUGAAAAAGAUGGCUUCGCUCGACAAAUGCAUACGCCAAACAAGAAUAAUUCCAAUACAGCCUCAUCAUCUCCCGAUGCUACCUCCAAUGUUGUUGAAAGUGUUGCAACCCCCAACUGUACGGAACAGGCCGGUUCCACCAAAGAGUCUACCAAAGAUAAAAUAGUAAGUAACCUUGUCAGGGAUUGCGUUUUAUGGCCAGAGAAAAUAAUCCCUAAGAGCACAAAAAAAGCAAAAUAUAUUCCUUCGGUACUUACUUCCGACAAAUGGAUGGAGAUUAUGCAAUCAACUGAAAAAGAAAAGAAAAAUAAAGAGCCAAAUCCAAAAAUCGGUAACAAACGAGCAAAAUCGUUAAAGAAAGGGCCUUGUGUCGAGUCUAAAGCCAAGAAAUUGAAAACAAUAGCUAAACAUUCUAAGAUUAGUGUAAAGAAAAAAAAUACAUAUAGAUCUGAUUCAGAAGAAUCUAGCGAAAAAUGUGACAAUUUUUCUGUCCAUGAUACAGAUGACUCUAUAGGUGAAGACGUAAGCAAUGACUGCGAUGAUCAAGAAAAUAAAAAUAUUUAUAAAAUUGGGGACUUUGUAAUAUUUGUUUAUGAAGGAGAAUAUUUUGUAGGGCAGAUACAGUUCUUAAAUGAAGAAGAGGUACAAAUAAAGUCCAUGCAAAAAACUGCGAAGAAUUGGAAAUGGCCAGACAGAGUUGAUUUAAAUUUUUAUCCUUACGAUGACAUCAAACAGAAAAUCGCUACACCAAAAAAAGUUUCGAAGAGAGAUGUAUAUCGUGUUCCAGAAAUUGAAAAGUAUUGGGAGUUUUCUACUUAAGUUUGUUAAUGGGUACCUACCUACAAGAAGACCUCACAAGUAAUUAUUACCUAAGAUUAAUUAAGAUAUUAACAAGCCUAAGACAAAUUAUAUAUCUUGGCAGAGUAUAGUUGAUUUUGAUAGUUAAUUUAAUGUUUAAAAUGUGUGAACGUGCAAAUAAAUGUGACAAUUGUUUGAUUUUAACUGACGUUUUUUUAAUUAUUUUGAUGUGGCCAAAACUGGCACAAACGUGUGGCCACAGAUGGGUAAAAAGUGGCCAAAAGUGGCUCCCGAGCUCUUUUUUGGUAUUUUAUUUUAAAAAAAAUAUACGAAAUGUCAGAAUCUUAACAGUGGAGAUUUAUAUGACUAUAGUAUUAUAUUUUCAAUGACUUAGAGCAUAAAGAGAGUCAUAGUUGCUUAUU